GCAAUAACAAUGCAAAGAGCGUGAUUGUUUGAUAGGUAGGUAGUUGCGUUCAGUCGCAUUUGAUUUCAGUUGAAAGUUUGAAUUAAAAAUUGUCUUCUUUUUUGCAGAGCUGUACGAAACCUUUCAUGCACAUAUAAGUUCCUGAAUAUUGUGUAAUUUGAUGGAGGAAAGCAAUGAGCCUGUGAAGAUUGUGAAGCUGCCGCAUCACGAGGAAGAGCCACUGUGUGAGACUCGUGCAAAAUAUAGACAAGGCAAAAAGCUUACUGCAGUAAAGCGGCGUCAUGGUGCGAUCGUCCCGGGCCUCAGCGGCUCCGUCAGCGGCGACCAGUCCGGCGGAGGGACGGCGCAGCAGCGGCCGCAGCGCCCGUGUGCCGCUCCGGUUCCGACUGUCCGAGUCACCAGAUUCGCCUGAGCGGACACCGUCGGCCGCUCGGAGCUCGGACACCAAAGCCCGCCGCAAGAGGGCCAGCGGCGGCGGCUCGGCAUCGAAGAAAGCCAAGUCGACUCCGAAAAAAACAGCCAGCGCUGGAGGUGGGAGCGGGACUCCGGCCACCAAAUCGACUCCGAAAAAGAACACUAAUACUGGAGCUGGGAGCGGGACCCCUGCCACUAGGUCGACUCCUAAGAAGACCGGCAGCUCUGGUGUCGGAGCUGGGACCCCCGGCACCCCGGCCCGACGGAGGCUCCUCAGUGGCGACCGAGAGGCCAGCCCUGAGCCUCCGGCCAAGCCCAAGGCGCCCCCGCCGCCCAUCCAGUACGACCCCGCUGACUACAGUGACGGCGCGAACCUCGACUGGGAUGCUGAUGACGAAGUGUCGACCAAAUACGAGCCCGCUCACUUCCUUCGCUGCCACUCGGCUCGCGGUGACCCUUCUGACGUCCACACAGACCUCUGGGACUGCAAGUUCAUGCCCGGAGGCGGCGGGGGAGACGUGGGGGACGUGGUAGCCACGUGCGGCGGCAACUCGGUCUGUCUGAUACAGGUACAGACCGGGAAACUGCUCAAGAAAUUCUCCCACCCGGACAUCAGCGAGCGACUGAGCGCUCUCGCCUGGAGCCGGCUGCGACUGAGUGAGAUCGGUGCCCGUCGGAUCGCCAUUCUCGCUGUGGGCGGCACCGGUCGUGUGUACCUCCUCCACCCGGACAAUCUGACCUGGUACGCAACGUUCUCACCGGGCCCGGCGGGGCGCUGUGAGGUGACGGCGCUGGUGUUCCACCCUCGCCGCUCGCGCUGGCUGCUGGCCGCCACUGGUAACGGUGCCGUGUCGCUCUGGGAUGUCGGCGUACCAGCACCGCCGCUGUACAAGGUUGAACCGCAUCAGCUGCUGCGACUGGAGACCGCCACGCCGCCGCUGGCGCUGGCCGUGCACGCGUCUGCCGAACUGCUGCUGGCGGGGUGUGAGGGCGGUCUCAGCGGCUGGGAGCUGACACUAGAUGUGGUGAGGGGUGAGCGGCAGCCGCGGGAGGUGCGGUACAAGCUCCCAGAGCCUCCCGCAGGCGCCAGUGAAGGGGAUGAGGAGUUUGUGGACGCGAUUACCCUUCUGGGGACGGAGAAAGUGGCGGUGAAGUGUGCUUCUCGUGGUUGUGUGUACGUGUGGUCAUUGUCAGACCUCGAGCCGCCUCAGGAAGGUGAACGAGCUCCUAUUCGCGUGGAUCUCAUCCCCGCGCCGUGCCGAGUACUCCGCUGGAGUGACACCACAGAAAGCUACCUGGGGUUAGGAGCCGGCACUAACCUACUAGCCGCCGGUGAUGACAAGGGCGCCAUCUGGAUGUGGAACUGGCGUGACAGUGGCGCCUCUAGCGGUGAGCCUGUGAACACGCUGUGCUGGCCGCGACCCCAGGACGAAGAGCUGUCCCGUGCGAGGAAAGUGCCGCUUCACCGUUUUCCGAUUCUGAUGAACCGCGUGUGUCUGAGUGAGGACGAACAGUAUGUUGUAGGCGUGACGCAUAACAACAUGGUGUGUGUCUGGAAGCGGGCAGAGGAGGAUGGGGAGAGUGACAACGAAAUGGAGGUGGACUGAGGGAGAGCAGGGGAGGGGCGAGUGUCAGGUUAGGAAGGGGAGAGCGAUCAUGAAGUGGAAGUCGACUGAGUAAUGGAGACAGGGCAGCAGAAUGGCGGGGAGUCGGCUGGUUCCAGUGACUUACAAGCGCUUUUGACUGUUUAUCUACGGCGAGGACGUGAUAUGUUUUGUACUCAGGCCGUCAUUACUCAUUGACGAUUCUGGUUGCACGUUCUUUUUAUGCGAUUUUUUUUGCACGUUUGUACGUGUAUGUCUCCGGUUACUCCGUUGGAAUGCGUCACAAAUGGUGCGUCACAUUCACGCUAUGGACUCCAGCAAACGUUGUUACCCAUUCAUCAUGCUAGUAUGCUCUAGCUGAGCCCGAUUGCAAUGCACUUUUCUAGAAAAUACAUUUUGAAAUCAA